UGUGUCGCAAAUGCACCCAAUUUCCUCAAGCAACAUGCCCAUAAUUUUCGGAUCAGAGAGAACUUUCUCUUUUUUUCAGAAUGCGAGUUUUAUGCUUGGUCCUUCCGCUAGUUGCAGGUCAUGAAGGAAGUAUGGAAGAGGUGUUGGCUAGAGGCCUUCCUCAAAUGUGCGCAAAGCUACACUGCAUGUUUAAGCAGGCAGUGAUGAGACAGAUGGAGAGCAUUCCGGAUCCUCCACUCACAUUGAGCCAGAUUCCCGAGGAGCGGCGAUGCCUUCUUUGUCACACCAUCGCCAAAGGUUGGGCCAGAGCUUUGGAGUCCAAAGUUGCUAGUUUGCCGACUAGGCAAUUGCACGAGGAGGAGUUCAUUGACGUGUUGGAAACUAUAUGCAUCAACAACAGUGUGAAGGAGCCAUGCGGACUUGGAACAUCAAUGGCUGUGUCAACAUAUUCUGGAGUCUGUAGGGGAGGACGACUUGUGGCGUAUCUUCGUCAGGCUCAAGGACAUUCCUGCAGAGCACCUAUGCACAGCUGAAGUCCGGAUGUGUUCAAGGAGGCUGAAAGAUGAUAAAUGCUUAAGCGAAGCUAAUUGCAAAGGCUCAGGCCAGUCGGAAGGCAAAAUGAGUUCUGUCGGCUGCGCGCUUCAGAACAUUGAACUGUUUGAAUUUGAUUUUUAAUGGAAGUUCAGAAGAGACAUGCCCCACGUGGCACACUGUACAUGGCUUGGCUGGUGCAAUGGAAGUGUACGAGCACUUGUUCAAAAGGCGGGGGCACUGUUUUGUAUUGGUUUUGCAUUGCGUUUCUACUAAGUACUAUUGUAUAUACUGUAAAUAAUUUUUGCUGGUGCUACUUUUGUGGUUGUUUUUGCUGCUAUUGUGAUUGUUGUUGUGGUGGCGGUGGCAGCGGCGGCGGUGGUCGUGGUACUUUUGCUUUGGGGGUGUUGACAGUCAUGGCGACAGGGUUUUGGUUGUAGGCCCAGGUGUUGUUCAAUGAUGUGGGGUGUAGGAAUACGAGCUGUGAAUAUCCCGGGCUAUUGAUUUUGUUUAAUGCUACCAACGGUUGGGCAUCGUACGUGCGCAAAACAAUGUAUUGCGCUGUGACUUGGUAUCCAAACGUCAGAAAACUGAGAAUCCAGCAGCAGUGUCAAGAGUAUCCUCCUGCCGUAGAAUGUAGAAUGUUCACAUCGUCCACGUCUCAACUGUGGCAUCCACUUGGCACUGAGCCAGCUUCAAUUGAUGGUUGAUUGUCACCAAGACAGUGUAAGCAUAUGUAAAGCAUUGUGUUGCGUUUUGCUUCCGUUUAGUUUUGUUCCUAUGCCUUCCACGUGGUCACCACUGUCCGGGAGGCGCAUGUGGUGAAUGUUAAAUGACGGCUUUUCAUGUAAUGAUUCGCAAGUUGUUUGUCGCCCCUCGCAGCCUACCCCUUUCGUCCGAAUUGUCAUUGCACAGAAAAGAUUGUGGGCCGAGCGCAGUCAGAACAGCUCACAGCGACAAGGCAACCACAGCCACAAGGACGGCAAUGUCCAUUCAAGUCUAUUCCACCAGUUUCACCUAAAAUGCAUUAAACAUAUUUCAGCUGAUUUCCCCCAAUCCGUUCUCUCAGCUCAAGAGUUCUCAUUUUUGUAGUCGGCCUCAAUCAACAUGAUUGAAGCUGUGUCCGUCUUGACUUUGACUUGAGACACAUAGGCAUGCACUGAGUAGAGUAGUAGAGAACUAUCUACCCUUCCCAAAAAUCAAUUCUCCAACUUCUGCUCUUCUCCUAUCCCACUUACGUAUCACGCGCAGGCCCAUGAGCGCGACGCGCAACUGCAACUUUGCAUAAUGCGGAUGUUUUUCUACAAAAUAUCCUUUGGAGACUUGUUUGUGCAUUGCGCAACUGAAGAUCCUCCACAUUUUCGCCCAGUAUGAUUCUGUUGAUUGAACCUCACGAACGGCUGGCGAGCGUGGAAGGCUCAAGGAAGGAAAUAUUCAGGCAGUUUGUGGCAAACUCCUGCACGGCUGACAACCACGAGAAAAACCUUCAGUUGCAUUUUGCGUAUUCCCGAAGAUUCUUUGUUGCUUCGGUAUGAGCUAUUGCAGGCCAUUUCAUAGUCGAGAAGUAUGGAGCAGGUGAAAUCAAGGUCAACCUGGUGUUGUUUGACAAUCCAUCUCAAAAUAAUCGAAAUGGGUUGCACGCAGGGUUGGAGCAUCGAUUAUAAUGAUAUGUUCGUCAACGUUGUCGAGUAACACCCCCUAUACCAAGCAAAGCGUGAAGCAUAUGAGCACUCAUUAUAGUGACGUUUUGGAGCCAACCACUUGAAAGCGGAUGAGCAUGUUGCGCUGCCCAUCAUGCAGCUACUGUUGUGGGAAGUCUUUUGCAUGGAAGGUCCUUGGCGAGCUGCAAGCUGUUUUGGUGUGAAAGAUGGACAAAGAAGAGCUUGCUCAGAUUUCAUACAUAUGCAGUAUGCAUUCUCAAUGGUUCCAAAUGUCCAAGCUGUUGCGAUUCGCAGCGUUGGUCAGAUGUAUGUAUCCUACUUUGGGGUGUUGCGGGGCCGGCUAGGAGAUCCACGAAUGCAGAGGUUAGUUUGCGCAGCUUGUAGGCAGAGAUUUCUUUGCUUGCUGCAGUUGAUCUAUUUGGUCAACAUACAUACAUGCAUGUAUACAUACAUACAUCACUGCAUGCAUACAUACGUACAUACGUAUAUAUAUAUACCGUUGUUAAAUGUUUGAAUAGC